AUGAUGGGAGAUGCAGCUGGAUAUAACGCCCCUCUGCCACCCCCCACACACACUCGCUCUCUCCUAUCUCUCCUCUCUCACUGUCUGGCACUGAGUGGAAGUAAACAGAGGAGGAGAUCGCAUUUGGUUCCUGAACUGUUUCAGGGCUCGGUGCAACCACCACACACACACUUUUGAUUUCUCUCUCACACAUAUGGACAAAAAUACACACACACACAGAGCAAAGGGGAUCUUGGCAGUAGAGAAGCCUAAAAGUCGUUGACCGAACUCACAUCAGCCGCCUUUGACUGCGCAGCGUUUGAAGAAGAGAAGAAGAGCAAGAGGUGAUAGAGAGGAAAGAAAGAAGAGUGUAAAGAAGAUCAAAGGAGUGCAUCGCUUUGGGUUUGUUUGAGUCUUCCUAUUCAGUCAAUGGAGAACACGUGAGGGAAAGAGGACCGUCGGUAAACUUGGGGCAAAAAUGCUGCUGGGUAAAGUUUGUGGAUAUUUCUAGAGGGAUUUCAUUUUUUUGCCCUUGGACUUUGAGGAAGAAACGCACAGGGUUGUCGGAGGACUGCGAAGAGGAAGAAGCCUGUAGGUGGGACGUUGGAGGAAAGGCUUCUCCAGGAAACAUGGCAGCCACCAACUCUGUCUCUUGCCCCUUUUUUCUCUCCUUCCUCUUUUUAUUCUUGGUUAUCCAGCCAGCCGUCACCCAGGGUCCAUCAGUCACAGCCGUGGGAGUAACUGAGGAUUCACCUACCACGCUGACUAACCAGACAACUACCAGCUAUACAGAGACCACCCAAAACACUCCUCCUGAGACAGGGCUUUCCACUCCCAACAGUGGUGGAGAUGCAGAUGAUGAGGAUCUCCCUCCUACUGGUGGAACACGCUGCCAGGGUUACUAUGAUGUCAUGGGCCAGUGGGACCCACCUUUCAACUGUAACGCCGGUGUCUUCCUGUACUGCUGCGGUACCUGCUUCUACCGUUUCUGCUGCCAAUUCCGUCAGCAGCGCUUGGACCAGAGCAUCUGCUCCAACUAUGACACUCCCAUCUGGGCGAACACUGGCAAACCAGUUGCCACCAUUACUGAGGGACAGGGAGACCUGGACCGGGACCGCACGCAACUUAUCGUGUACAUCAUCUGUGGGGUGGUGGCCAUCAUGGUGCUGGUGGGCAUCUUUACAAAACUGGGCCUGGAGAAGAGCCGGGGGGGAAGCGGAGGCGGAGUAGGAGGGGCAGCACAGGCCGACCUCAACUCCAGGACGCUGACAGACCUGCUGAAACAGCAGGGGACUGAGGUGAGCUCGGUGGAAAAUGCCACGGCCAGUCCGCCCAGUGGAGGGAGAGCCAACGGCGUCUCAGCCAGGAUGCUGCGCAGCAGGAGUGAACAGUACCAGCUGAAUAACUCUGCAUAUGGACCAUUUGGACAAGGACUUCCACAGCCUCACAGCAACCACAGCACAGUGGGACUGAACAAAUACACCUCCCUCAAAGCUGUGGCUGAAACUGCAUCUCGGAGCUACUACAAGAGCUUCCCUCUAAUGGAUUUCUCCCACUACCAGCCUGUAGCUCCACCUGCCUUCCAGCCUGUGCCCAUUCCACCUAAAGAGAAGUCAUACAUCCAUCACCAACCCCUGCCGGAACACCACGACAUACACUCCCCUCUUUCAAUCUCCAUCCCCCCCAGCCACCUCGAGCAGUCACGCCUCUCUAAGACAACCACACACCCGUUUCUCUCCAACUCGGCCUUCAAAGCAUGGGAGCCAAACGCCCGCCAUGUCCACAGGCAGACCUCCGCCCCAACGCAUACUUCCACCUCUCUGCACAGCUCCACCCGGAGACACAACUACUCAACCCGGAGGCAGCAGAGCACAGAGAAUGUCCCAGAUCUCUAUAAUCAGCCCUAUGGAGGGAUGUAUGGAGGAACAGGAGGGGGAGCAGGACAGGGGCCACAUGUCCAGGGGCAACAUCCAUCUCAACCCACUUAUUACCACCACACCAGGCAGAAGAGCUACUCCACCCACAGUGCAAAUGAGGUGACUGUCUGAGCGGCAGCAACUCAGAGGGCGGCCUUCCACCAUGUUUAACACAAAAACGAAAAAGCUUUGGCGUUAGCCAAAAAGGCCAGAGUUUGGGACAGCUCGUCCAACAUGUGGUUAAUUAAACAAGAAGUUUUUUUAAGACACGAAAAAAUGAAAAGGGGUGUUUUCAUAAGUGGAAACAGGGAGGUUCAGGAGGAAAACACUGACACACAGAACCACCACUCUUGUAGAAAAUGGACUGUGGUGGUAAAGGUUAUUAGCGCACUCCAGCGAAUGUCUCGUAUAAUAAGUGUUUAGAUUCCACCCAAAGGAUAUCUCAAAUCCAGUCUCAGGCUUCAAUAGGCUGCAUAGCUAAAAAAUUGUCCAACUGCUACAGAUUUUCCACUACAGUGUGCUUUAAUUGCGGCUGUACAGGCCAUAUAGAAACAUGGACAGAACAAAAGAACAACAAAAUACUUCUGCCACCCUAGAGCAGAGGGCUUGAUAUUUCGAGUCAGAUUAGGCAGAAAGAAACAGUCAGUUUUUAUUAAUCAAAGUAAUUCUGCAUGAGCACAGGUGAAGCAGGUGAUCAGUUCAUGUGGGGAAACACACAAAAAUCAAAAACUACAGUACCAUUCCAAAGAAAUAGUCACAGCUAGCAUGCAGCUAUUUUUACUCAAAUGUAGCUUCCUGUGUACUCUUUUCUGUCAUUCACCUGCAAAUGUUAGACCUCAGGAACAUUGGAAGUGUUCAUGUCAUUUAAUGGGAACUCUGUCUGUGUUCACCUACUCACUACCUCCUCUACUGUAAAGGAACUCAUUGUAAACGAUAAUAGUUUGAAAACUUUUGAAAUUAAUGUUAUCAAAAGAAACCCAAGAGCUUUUUUACUUUGAGGUGACAGUGCUAGCUACUGCACCUUGCUUCUACUACUGAGAAGCACAGGUAUGAAGCACGCUAACACAGCCAAUUAGCCUAGGGUAGCAAUAACAAUAAUUUCUCCCUGGGAAAUUAUCAAACUGACGUUUUUCAUCUACACUUCAGUAUUUAUCUGGAUUAAACAAAUGUAUAAAAUCUCUGUGGCUAAUGGUGUUUUCCAUUUGAAGUCAGAAGUUGGAAUUUAGGAGUUCCCAGUUAGAGUUUUC